GAAGGCAAAUGCCAUGAGGGCGCCAAACCCCAGCAAGUCGUAUAUCUUAGAGGUAACCGACUCUUUACUACUGGUUUCUCUCGUAUGAGUGAGCGUCAAUUUGCACUUUGGGAUGAUUCCGACUUGUCUAAGCCGCUCAUGGUUGAAGAUCUAGAUACUUCUAAUGGUGUCAUCUUCCCUUUCUAUGAUCACGACUGCCACAUUAUUUAUCUUUGUGGCAAGGUAAUUCGAUAA